GUCGAUCAUAUAGAUGUAGGGAUGUGAUCCAAGGAGCACAUGUAACUAUUGCACUUCAUGAUUCAAGCCCAAGUCCAUUAGUAUCACCUCGUCAUCAAUUGCCCCGAGGCUAGUUCCAUAAUCAGCAACGAACCCACCGUCUAUCGAUACUCGAACCCUAAAUAAGCAGCUCAAUAUUCAGUGUCAUAUACACAAGGCUAACUACACUAGGUAUUUACCCGCAAACCCGGGCAUGCAUCGGACCGUCUUCACAUGUACUAUCGCACCGCAACGCUGAGUGGUGGACUCAUCAGGAACAUAUCCUCGGAGUACUUUCCGCAGUGGAGAAUCCGGGGUAACAAUAUUUACAUCACCCGGGGGUUGCAAUGUAUACAAAACCUGGGGGACGUCCUACCCAAGGAAGCGCUUGCAACCGUGUCACAGAAAAAGACAUUCUGUCGCGGAAUCGUUGGCCAUGACGACAAUUCGAGCUUUAUUCGUCUUUGCGACGCUUUGUUUUUCUUUCGUACAGGCUAUUUCGGUCACGUCGACGAAGUACUGGAAUAUCACGAAUGAUGUCGAGGGCUCGGUUCGGCUCAAUGGAUUGGCGUUUCAGCAGAAUGCGCUGGUGACGUUUGAGAACUACCAAUAUGUCGCUUUCUACAGCACGGCUACUGGAUAUGGGAAACACUACGUGAAUCUCGGACGGAGACGUAUCAGUCCUUCGGUGGGCGAUUGGCAGUACUUCGCGUUCACAGAUUACCUUCAAACUACCUUGGAUGAACACAAUACUAUUAGUAUGGGAAUCAGUGGUGAUGGCAAGAUCCACCUUUCCUUUGACCAUCAUGAUGUACCACUCAACUACCGUGUAUCCACCUCCGGCAUCGCCAAAAGCAUCCCCUCAGAAUGGUCUCAGCAGUCAUUCGGAGGAGCAGUCCAACACAGCCUUCCAGGUUCGACAGGACCAUGGACACCCCUGACCUACCCGCGUUUCGAGCGCAUCGCCAACGGCGAUCUCCUGAUGGAAUUCCGCAUCGGACAAUCCGGCGCUGGCGAUUCCUGGAUCCACCGCUACUCAUCAACAUCCGGCCUAUGGAGCAACGUUGGCAAAUACCUCCAAGGACAGGACAACAACGCCUACGUCAACGGCUUCACAGCCCAAGACGGCAAACUCCACGUCUCGUGGACGGUCCGCGAGACCCCCGACGCAAGCACAAACCACGACUUCUACUACGCGCUCUCCGAAGACGACGGCCGCACCUGGAAGCAAACCAACGGCCAGGGCGUCGCCAAGCCCAUCACGCCCUCAACAGCAGGCAUCAAAAUCUACACCAUCCCGCAGAACAGCGAGAUCAUCAACCAGGAAGCCCAGUGCGCGGACUCGAAGGGUCGUUUCCACGCCCUGAUGCGCGACAAGAGCUCCGGGACCGCGAAGUUCUACCACUACCUCCGCACGCCCACGGGCACGUUUUCCAAGAACCCGAUCAAUGUUGCCGUUUCGACGCCGCCGUAUCUUGCUUACCGGGGCAAGAUUGCGGCGUCGGGGGAUAACUUGAUUGCCAUCAUCCCGGAUGCGCCGAAGAGCACGGUGACGAUCUGGGGCGCGACGGCGGGAGGGAACUUUCAGGACUGGAAGAGCCUCGGGACGAUUGGGAACAUGGCGGGUGAGCCGCUGGUUGAUUAUGAUCGGUUGGCGAGGAAUAAUGUGCUUAGUUUGUUUGUGAGGCAGGGUGGUCCGUUUGGCACGAGGAAGGUCCAGGUGUGGGACUUUGAACUUGCAUUCUGA